AUGGCAGCCGUGGCAACGGUUGAUGAUGACAAGGAGAAGGAGCGGGUCAUGUCGCUGCCGCAGCUGCAGAAUCUCAUGAAACGGGACCCAGAGGCAUACAGCGUGGAGUUCGACCAGCAGUGGUCUCACUUCGACAGCCAGAUGGAGAUCUUCAAACUCAAGCCGCAAAAGCCGUCAAGCUCUUUCGCUGAGCAGGUGAUGUUUUUGGCACAUGUGGCUCCAAGCUUUCCUGACCGGGCAAAGGCUUUUCCGGACUUGUUGAUCAGUGCCUUGAAUGAUCACUUCGAGGUGAUGCACAGCAGCAUGCGGACGACUUUGGUGCAGGCCUUGAUCCUGCUUCGCAAUCGAAAUCAGUUCCCGUGCAGCAAGACACUGCCAGUGUACUUCAAGCUCUUCAAGUCCCAGGACAAGGGCCUGCGGAAAAGCAUUUUCACCCACAUUGUGCGUGACAUUGCGCACAUGAACCAAAAGUCCAAGAACCAGAAGGUGAACUUUGAGCUGCGCGACUUCUUCUUCGCGCGGCUGAAGGAGGCUGAGACUGAGGUAUGCCGGCAUGCGUGCGCAGUCUUCAUUACGAUGUACCGACAAAAUGUUUGGUGUGACACGCACGUGGCCAACCUCAUGAGUGCUGGACUGCUGCACCCCGAUUUGAAGAUUGCAGCAGCCUUGGCGCACUUGUUCCUUGGAAACAAGACGAAGGGGCUGGAAGGCAUCCUGGAUGAGAGCGAAGAUGAAGAAGAGGAUGACAACAUUAAUGAGGCCGUCAUGGGCAUCGUGGGUGCCAAAAAGACAGGAAACAGAAUAAAGCGGCUCAAAAGAGCAAAGAAAGCUGCGAAAAAGGCGGCAAGAAGGAACGGCAAGAAGGACAGCUCGGUGGUCAGCUUUGUGGCCAUUGAUUUGCUCAAUGAUCCGCAGACGCUUGCUGAAAAGCUCCUACAGCGGUUGAGCAAGGGCGGCGAGCCCUUCCUCUUCCGCCUGCUAAUGCUUCACCUCGUUGCCAGGUUGAUUGGACGGCACCAGCUGCAGGUCUUGAACCUUUAUCCGUUCUUGCAAAAGUACCUGGUCCCCACCCAGAAGGAGGUCACCAAAGUGAUGGCUGCGCUGGUAGAGGCAUCGCAUCCGGCAGUGCCGCCUGAUGAUGUUCGACCCGUGAUCUUGCACGUAGUCCGCUACUUCGUGACAGAGGCCAACUCUCCUGAGGUGAUUGAAAUUGGCUUGAACACCAUUCGAGAGGUCUGUGCCAGGUCCAUCAACAUACUUACAGAAGAAGAGCUGACAGAUCUGUGCAGCUUCAGAAAGCACAAGAACAAAGGCGUUUCGAUGGCAGUGAAAGGUCUCAUCAAUACCUACCGGGAGCUGCACCCUCAGCUUCUACACCGAUCGCUGCGUGGCCGAGAAGCUACCAUGGCGGUCAGUAGAGGGGAGGUCCAGACUCCACAGUUUGGCGAGCUCCAGGCAUCUGAGAAGAUUGAAGGCCUCGAACUCCUUGCGUCCAAAAAACACAAGGUGGAAGAUGGGACCGCCAAAGAUGCGAAAGACCUCAUGGCCGAGAAGGUGUUGAGCCCUGAUGAUUUCAAGCAGCUCCGAAAACUGCGGCUGCAGAAAUCCAUCGAGCUCCAGAUGGGCCGGAAAAGACCAGCGGAGGAGAUGAGCUCUUCCUCAAACUCAGGUAGUGACUCCGAUGCCGAUGAGGAGGAGGACGAGCGCGGCCUCACAGGACGCCUACCUGACCAAGUCUCCGCAGACAUGCUCGCCGCUGCACCCAAGAGGGCGCGAACCAAAGCAGAGCGCCUUGCCAGAGUGCGAGCAGGCCGUACAGACUUCAAGGAGAAAAUCCUUGAGCGCGCCAAAAACCGCAAAGGUGGGCGGACCAACAAAGAGAAUGCUCGAAACAAGCCACUCAUCAUGACGCUGCACAGCAGAGCCGUCAAGGACAAGAAAGCCCGAACGGCCAAGCAGAAGCUUGCAACUCUACGAGGGCACAUCAAGACAUUGAGGAAGAAUGCGGCGCAUCCGAAGAGAAGGCGAUGA